UCUACCGCAUACCAAAUAGGGUGAAAGUCUGGAUUAUUAAAGUUAUCAAAACAACAAUACCAACAAGUGCUUAAAGUGGUGAAAGAAAGAAAAAUUUUCAAUUUCUCUUGGAUGAAAGGACUCUAUAAAGAAAUUGAAAAAAAAAAUAAAAUAAUUGAAAUCAGUUAAGAGUUUGAAAUUCAAUUCCAAGUAUAAUCAAAGUGAACGAAAUGAAAAUUUUCAUAUUUACUCUAAUUUGUGGUCUACUGGGACAUGCAGCCUCAAUACCUUUGGAAUCAUCAUCGAACGAUGCUACCGAUGUUUUGGUUGAUGAUAGCUGGCAAACAUCACCAAUUACUGCUUGGCCCUUACAUCCGGCUCCCUUAACUGCUUAUACCACUCAUGGCUUAAAUCUAUUAACUCCAGGUGAAUUGGCACCUUUCCAGGCAGCUACUAGCACUAAGAAGAAGCAACACAAAGUAGUUGAAAGCAAAUUUGCAGAGCACCCUAAGCCUUUUAGUGGCAUAAAUUUACCACAAUUAUUGCAGCCCCAAUUGUUAACACCUCAACCAUAUUUCGUUUUAAAUAACCACCCUUACCUUGCCCCGACACCUCUGACACAAUUCAGCUACACCUAUGGUGGUAAUCAGUUACAGCAGCAAUUAUAUACCCCCAUGGGAGAGAGUGUCCUGACACCAUCACACAAAACUAUGGCCUCUACCACCAGCAAGCCAAAAGUCAAGCAGCCUGAACCCACCACCAAAAGACCCAAAGAGCAUUUAAGAAAUAAACCACCAAAAUUGCAAUUAGCUCCUCCGGCACAAACAGCUGACUUUUUACAUGACCAGCCUCUACUGCAGGCUGUGAGGCAAAUUAAUUCCGAUUUUGUGGUCGAAGAUAUAAUGCCAGUUCCUGGACGUCAUGUAUUCUCCUCGGUCAACAUGGAGGUGCUCGAACACAAACCCAUGACAAGUUCACAGCAAAUAUCAAAGGCCAAUGAUGUAAGGAAAACACCAAAGCCCAAAACUGCAAAUAAAAAAUCCCCUACUGAUUCUCGUCAAAUUAAAGUGGAAGCUACUGGCCGCACUGCCACCUCAGGCAAUGUGCCACAAAUACAAUUUGCCACCUAUUUUUUGCCUUACUUUUCACAAGGCCAGCAACAGCAGCUGCAACAGGAGAGAAAAAAGGCUACCAAAACAGCCGCUUUGAUUUUGGAACCCCAUUCUAAGGCCAUUGUGGGCAAUGGGGGUACUGCCAUUUCAACACCCAUCUCAAGGGCCUUUCUGAAACGUGGCGUCACCACAAAUGUCUACUUUAAUCCCGAGUCCGUGGCCAUAGCCGGUGUGGGUGGUAAGGCACAUGCCCAAGCUGAUCUUGAAUUGGAUUUAAUCAGUUGAACAUGCAACGUA